AUGACCUCUGCUAUUUCUUUGAAUGAUUACGACAGAGUUGAUGACCUGGAUAGUAAGCUAAUCCAUGGCAACCACGGCACAUUGUUAGAAGAUUUGACUCAACACGGACAAGUAUAUACUAAAACUGCAGAUCAAUGUAACGCAUGCGGUGUUAAAUUCAGUACGAUGCAGAAGCGUGAUUGUGCUGAAUGUUUGGAGAAACGGAAUGAAUCAUUAGAAAUGGACAUAAAGCUAUUAAAAGAAAAACAUCGUAAAAACAAAAUGCGUAUUCAACAAUUAGAACAGAAAAUUGAAACGAUGGAAAACACAAUUAAGUUACACUCAGUUGCAAUUAACCCAACGAUAUAUCAGGUGAAAGCAAGUCCCUUUGGUUUUGCUCCACCAUUGAGUCGCAUCUAUUCAGGAAGCCAAGGCUUUAUUAAUGGUAAUGCAGAUAAACCGUUUUUACAAGGUGCUAAACCAAAUACUACAGCACACGUAGGACUUUUUGGUUCAUUAGGUGCAUCUUCACAAAGGUAA